CACAGGUGUAGGAGUGAGAGGGUUGUGCCCAAUUUGUCAAGCUUACAAUAAAGUCACGUUUUAAGAUAACAGUUGACUCACGCUUGUUAUUUAAGAAUAACACAACAUGUCUGAUGUUAGGUAGCCUAUAAUUUAACGUUUGCUACAAAUAUCAGGUUCCGUAUCCAAUUCGGACAGUUUUCUUAUUCUGCUGUUAUGCCUAAACUUCACUUUCGCGACUGGUAAGCGUCUCUAACUAUGCUGUGGACAGCUGGUGGCGACCGUGCACCGUACCAGGAGCAUGGCGAAGGUCGCCAUAAUGCAUCCUUCCACAUUUGUUUCGCUGUAGUGGACCCGCAGCAUAACUCUUGAAAGCAACCGUGUGGGUCCUGUGAACAAGUGUCCUGAUGAAGAGGAGGCAUGCCAGGAAGCAGAACGUAAUGGAUAUUACAAAUGGAUGUGGCAUUAAAUGAAGGUGAAUUAAAAGUAAACAAUGUUCAGUUUCAAAGAAAUCAAGACCGAAGCUGAAAUCGACUGUUCAGUGGGUUAUCACACUGAAAGCAGCUAUUUAGAUUCAAACUUUGAAAAAGCUCUGGACUCAAGUAUAUUGACUUUUAAUUUAAGGUCUAAACUAGUUUCAGACUGUUUGAAAAACAGUUGUUACAUAAAACUUAAAAGGCUUCCCCUUGGUAAGCAAUUAGCUCGAGAAGGUAACAGAACUACAUUUAAAACUGAUCCAGCUGAAUGCUUUGAUGACUUCUUGAGGGACUUUGUAAAUCCAAGGACUGUUGAGGAACCGCAAAAGCUGAAUGACACAGGGGCUGAGGUCUUACUCUUAACAGACUGUGAAGUCGGAAAUGGAACAUGGGUUUGUCACACUUUAACAUACAAACUCAUGAAGUUCUCGAAUGAAGAAAAUACAGGAACCCCUAACAGUCUCCCUCAAACAUCGAAACCAAGUGAAAGCUGUGAAGAGGAAGGGUGUGACAUUGUUUCAAAGUCCCAAAAGAACCUCAUACAAAUUCAAGAUGGACACAGAGAAAAGGAGCACUUUUGCCAUAUCUGUGGCAGAGGCUAUUUCCAUAAGAAUCACCUUAAUGUGCACCUGAAAAUGCACAGACCAGAGAGGCCCUACUGCUGCCAAUACUGUGGCGCAGCUUUCCACCAUAAUGACAGACUGCAAGCACACCUGAGAAUUCACAGCACGAAAACUGAUACCAAACCCUACAUGUGUGACAAGUGUGGAUACAGUUUCAACUCUUCAUGGCAAUUGUCAAAACACCAGCAGCGCCACUCAGGCCAGCGACCUUAUCGCUGUGACCAGUGUGAGAAAUGGUAUAUAAGCAGAAGUGAGCUCAAAUGGCACCAGAAGAUCCACACAGGAGAAAAACCCUUCACCUGCACCGAGUGUGGCACCAGCUUCCAGCGCUCCGGCACACUGAGGAAACACAUGAGAAUCCACACAGGAGAGAGACCCUACUUCUGCUCUGCCUGUGGGAAAACCUUUCCUUAUGCACACUGUCUCAACCUGCAUAUGAAACUGCAUCAACAGUAGUCUUUUGAUAAAGAUGGAACUAGUAUUAUUUAUUUAUGUAUUUGGCGGUGUGUUGCUUAUCAUGGUUAAUAUGUGAUUAUCGGACUACUAAGUAACAGUAACAUUUGGAUGUUGUGGUAUUGGGUUAUACCUCACACUGUAUUGUGUCUUUGUUCAUAAAAAAUAACCCUAUAUUGAAUUGUUUUGAAAGUGGCCAUGUCUUCAGGCUCUGUGGUAUGGUCUUUCCUUGAGUCCUUGGACACUUUCUAAGAGGUGUAACAAUUUGUGUCAUGUAGUGGAAGUUGCUUUUUGGAUUGCCUGGUGAUUUAAAGGCUCUGGUGAUCACUUUUGAUGUGCAUAAUGGUUGUGUUGGGAUGGGAAAAGUCAGGACUGUUUGUUGCAUGACUUGCGUUUUAGAUUUCUGUUCCAACUGUAUGACUUCCUCUUCCUGUUCAACCGAUGUGUCGACUUUCCCACUGUGUGUCUGUUCUCUGUCUCAUUGUGGUAAAGGAAGUGCCCCAUCUCGGUCACUUAAGCCCUCUCAUCUAGACUGCUUAUCGCUCUGUUUAGGAUUGCUUUCUUGCUGCAAGAAUCAAAGACCCAAGACAAACUUU